CGAGUUCCCCACCGAAACGCCAGAGUCGGGGCAGAGAAUGGAGAAAACGGGCUCGGGUUUCUAGUGGGUGAGACGCCUGUCUGUCAUAACGCUUUGCUGCUUGACUCAUUGUAGGAUACACGCUUUCGGGUCAUUCCGGUAACUGUUCAAAAACGGUUCCUACGUCAGCUCUUUGAAAAAACGGUUCACAGGGCAUCAAAGGCACGCGCCCCUUCGCGGACUUACUCCAACUGUGCCUGAUACCACUUCGGACAGUCGCUGCUGAUAUCACUUCGGACAGUUCCUGCUGUUACCACUUCGGACAGUCCUCCACUCGGGCGAGUCGGCAAAGCUGGUGAUUUAUUAUUAGCAGGCUCCAAGUACUAGCGGGCAAGGAAUUCCCCUGCGCUUGCUAUAACAAGCUAACCCAUUUAGGACCACCGUGCCCUGGUUCAAGUUCGUGGACUUUUAAUCAACAGGCUACUACGAAAACAUCAAGACGAAGUUAUUCUAUUGGCUGAUGGCAUCUGAGGCCCGCCCGGGGGAGCAGGAAGGGGGAGGCGAGGCCGCGCGCACUACAUGAGGCGGCGUUCCAAAGAAAGGAGAGGAGGAGGGAGAGAGGAAGUGUAUGGAACGAGUGAAGAAGAAAAGGAGUGUAUUGUUUUUAAGGGCACAAUGGGGGAAGGCUUGGUGUCGACGGAGAAGCAGGUGAUGGUGUCAUCUCGACUGUGGAAAUGUCUUCGCGUGCUGCUCGUCCUGCUUGCUAUCAUCGCCAUCCUGCUCGCCAUCGCACUCGUCAUCGUCAUCAUCAAGCGGUCAGAGAAGCCCUUCUGUGCAGGUGGCAAGACGGUCAUCCCACGUAACCUGGGCAAGCCGGGCAUAUUCGAGGACCUAACUCCUAAUGAAAUGAAGAUUGUCAGAGACUAUAUGCAAUCUCAGAAAGGUCUCAGUCUUAGGCCCUACAGCAAAGCCAUCUUAAACAGCAGCUAUAUAUAUUUGAUAGAUCUGCAUCUUCCUAUUAAAGCCGGAGUGUUAAAGUAUUUAGACGGGGGCCACCGUGAACCUGAGCGAGCUGCCAAGGUGGUGCUGUAUCGGGGGGACAUGAAUCCCCCGCGAGUUGAGGAGUACCACGUGGGUCCUCUACCCCGCCCCCGGUACCACAGGCUCGUAGCUAACCCUAUCUAUAGACGGAUACCAAUCCCCUUUACCAGUCGACCAGUGGAUCAAGUAGAAUAUAACCACUUGUACGCAAUGAUCAGUGAUAUAUCUAAAACGCUAUACCCUGUUUUGAUGGACAGUUACCGCUUGAGCUACCACAACUGCACCAAGGGUGUGGACUGUAUGUUAUUUUACGACGUGGCACCGAGAGGCAUCAAAAGUAAUGAACGGAAGACUUGGUUCUGGGCUUUUAGAGGAGUAGAAGGAUUCUAUUUACAUCCUCUUGGAUUUGAAAUUCAGAUUAAUCACGAGUCUGUGAACGUUAGCGACUGGUCCGUAACGAAGCUGGUUUAUAACGGACAGAUGUUUUACAGCGUUAAUGCUUUCGAUGACUCUUACAGAAGGAAUCGUUUGAAGAAAGUUCAACUGUUCAUGGACAAAUACGACAGCGUAUACUCCUCGUACAAUCGCCGUGGACUAAAUGAUUAUGACGUGCCAGUUCGUGGACCGCGAUUGGUCGAGCCAGACGGGAGGAGGUAUAGCAUAGACGGCCAACACGUUCAGUACUUCGGCUGGAACUUUAACUUCAGAGCUAGGACUUCAACUGGCCUUCAGCUGUUUGAUAUCCGAUUCCAAGGCGAAAGAAUAGCUUAUGAAAUAAGCCUUCAGGACGCCAUAGUGUAUUACACAGGGUAUGGACCCGUGGCGGGUUCAACAAAUUAUUUUGACACCUCUUGGCUCCUUGGGGCUUCGUCUUUCGAACUGAUGCCAGGGGUUGACUGUCCCGCCACUGCUACCUUCCACGAUGCCUACCAUUUUGCCGGAUCUGGGGAACCAUUGCAUUACAAGAAUUCUAUCUGUAUAUUCGAGCAGAAUUCAGGUCUACCUUUGCGUCGACAUUACGCUAACGAUUUCAUGGGAGGUUAUGGCUUUUAUGGUGGACUUGUUGACAACUACCUCGUUAUAAGGACAAUAGCAAACAUAUGGAACUAUGAUUACAUAUUUGAUUACAUUUUCCAUUUAAAUGGCGUCGUGGAGAUCAAAGUAUCUCUGACGGGCUACGUACAAUCUACGUAUGGACUGCCACAGGAACGGGCCUACGGCAACUUCAUCCACUCAGACGUCAUCGCCACCCUCCAUCAACACCUGUUCCAUUAUAAAGUAGACAUGGAUAUUGUAGGAACCAAAAACAGAUUCGCCAAAGUGGAUAUCUCAACAGAGACCAUCUCCCAUCCAUGGUAUCCGGGUCGGAAUAAAACGCAAAUGAAGUUCACGAAGAGAGACAAACAAACUGAAAAGGAUGCCAUUCUAGAAUACGACUUCGACAAGCCAGGAUACAGUAUCAUCUACAAUGCUAAGUCUGAAAAUAACUGGGGCGUGCAGCGAGGAUACAGAAUUCAACACAAGGCCAUGAGCAAGUUCGUCCUUGAUGGCGUUGACGUCACUCAGGCAGCAGGCUGGUCCAAAUACCAGUUAGCGGUGACCAGAUUCCAGGACGUUGAGGAGACAAGCUCCUCCAUCUACGCACAAAACGACCCCUUCGACCCCGUCGUAGACUUUAGAAGGUUCUUAGACAACGAUGAACCUAUUGUCGACGAGGAUCUUGUCCUCUGGCUAACGGCUGGCGUGCAUCACAUACCGCACGCCGAGGAUGUUCCGUCGACUACGACAACCGGAAACCAGUAUAACAUAUUUUUACGACCUUACAACUACUUCGACGAGUGCCCGAGUACGACUGUUUCCGACGCAGUCCAUGUCCAACCAAGUGCUCAUUAUGAAGAAAUCAAAAUCGACACAUUUGGUGUCGCGGAAGGUUCGAACUGUUUCGCUAACGAGAUCCCCUACAGCGUGUUCAAUGGCUCAAGAUCCCCUGCUUAAAACCCUUGCUCAAUGAAUAUAAUAAUUGUUGUGUUAUUUUCUAUCAUGUUCAAGUUUAGAUGUUUUACUGUUAAGGAAUGGAAUAUAACUGAAUGUUUAAUUUUGUAAUUUCUUUCCAUAUAUUGUCGAAAAACGUCUCUAUUUAAUCCAAGUUUAUUUUGGCAGUGGCCAGGCUGUAGUCUCAGAUCCUAGAGAAUAUACCAAGAAACCAAUCUAUCGCUUAGUGUGAAUGAUUUGGCAUGUCUGAAUUGUAUUAACCAUUGUUCAGGGCUCAGAUUUUAUUCAUUAGGGGUCCAUGCAUAAAGGGCAGGAGACCUAUUGUAAUCGUUCGAUUUAUUUUUUUAAUUAUUUUAUAUUUGUUGACAUAUUAUUUGAAACAGGAUCAAUUUAGUUCUGAGACUACAUAUUGUCAAACAUGCUGAUGUAUGUUUUAGUAAUGUAAUAUGUAAUAUACAAAACGUAAUAAUCAGUAAUAUGUAACGAAAUCAUUAUCAAAAUAUAGAACAAACUUUAUGGGUAACAACUUCUUUUUAUUCGUGACUGCGACGUUUCGAUACAGAUUCUUGUACCGUUGUCAAGAAUCUGUAUCGAAACGUCGCACUUACGAAUAAAAAGAAGUUGUUAUCCAUAAAGUUUGUUCUAUAUUGUACUUCCCAACUUCUAAAAUGCCACUCAAAGAAGUUAUCAUUAUCAAAAGACUUCGUCUUGAGUUUCCAAUGUUUAUGAUAAACCAGUCAACGCGCUAUCAUAUUUUAGUCAUAGUUUUUAUGGAACCAAAUUAUCUUUAUUGCAGGGAAUGCAAAUAUAUGCACACACAAAGUACACGCAUUGACAUAUACCAGCCGAUUGUUUCAUAUUGCUAUAGCUUGUCCUAUAUAUUAUGGUAACUGGAAUAAUAGGAACUAUUCGGGCGGACCUUAACAACAUGUAUAUAAUCCUCAUGUCUCCAUCAUUAUAUGUAAGGCAAGUCGUUGACUGCGCUGUCCUUUCUAAAUUCCCUUUUCUAUAGUUGACACAUUAAAGGGUUAUAUCCCCCUGCCAGACACCUGGGUUCGAUUCCCAACACUUGUACAUUGUGUGGUGACAGUGUUUUGAUGAUAUUGAUGGAGUAUUGUAAAAGCUGUCCAUUCAACCUCGAUUAUCCAGACUGCGCUUCCGUGUAUGGGAGUUUUUACAUUUCUGUGUAACAGAGUUCCAUAAGAUCAUUCUGCGAAUGAGUUCCAAGGUUAACGGUCUUUGUUUUCAAGAACGACGGGAACAAUUUCUCAUGGUGAAAUUUUCAUGGACUUCAUUAUGUAACUAAUGUCUCUACUUGUAUGUAUGUACCAGUCAUAAUGUCAGCGAUCUAACAUGUCCAUCACAUAAUCAGAGGAUGUCUUCUCAUUCAUAUAAAAUGUAUUUCCUUCAGUUUGUGUCAUAAUAUUGUCACAAUGGUAAAUAAAAUCAUUUGUCAAUCUC